AUGGAUUCGGUUGUUGGGGCCGCCAAGACGGCGUUCCAGUCCAGGCGGCUGCGGUACGUCAAGAUGGACGAAGCAAACGAGGACAUCAAGGCCUUCAUGCCCGAGGUUGAAGGGGACCCGGUGACACAAUGCCUAGCGAAUCCGUCACUUUUCCGGCCACAGGGGAAGAAGGAAAUCGAUUACUCAACUGAGCAGUUUGCGAAGUCGUUUCUAGGCGUUGCGAUAUGCCUUCACCCAGACGAGGAGAUAAAGCAAGCUGGUGGCAGCGCAACAUCGUCCACCACUAGCAGCACUGCUGCCACCGACAGCCACUGCAGCUGCAGAAAGACAAGCAAGACAGGCACUAUCAUCGGGACCAUGUGCCUAGGAUGGGGAGGCAUCCCUGCGGCGACUGCACAUCAUCGCAAUGCGCAACUGGGCAUCGUGUUGGCCGACGCGUAUCAGGGCCGUGGGUACGGGCGUGAGGCCAUCAAUUGGAUGCUCGACUGGGCAUUCCGUCAUGGCGGCUUACACACAGUCAGUCUCGUCACGUACUCGUUCAAUGAGCGCGGGGUGCAUCUCUACAGCGACAUCGGGUUCCAGCUCGAGGGGCGGCGGCGGCAGGUGGCCUGGUUCGACCGGAAGUGGUACGACGAGCUGUGGUUCGGCAUGACAGAAGACGAGUGGGAGAAGCUGAGAGGCCUGAGAUGA